AUGGGUAAAGGAGACCCCAACGAGCCGUGGGGCAAGAUGUCCUCAUACUCCUUCUUCGUGCAGACCUGCCAAGAAGAGCACAAAAAGAAACACCCAGACUCUUCCAUCAAUUUCGCUGAAUUCUCUAAGAAAUGUUCAGAGAGAUGGAAGACGAUGUUUGCAAAGGAAAAGUCGAAAUUUGAAGAUAUGGCAAAAAGUGACAAAGCUUGCUAUGACAGGGAGAUGAAAAAUUAUGUUCCUCCCAAAGGUGACAAGAAGGAAAAGAAAAAAGAUCCCAAUGCUCCUAAAAGGCGUCCAUCUGCUUUCUUCCUGUUUUGCUCUGAACAUCGCCCAAAGAUCAAAAGUGAACACCCUGGUUUAUCCAUUGGGGAUGCUGCAAAGAAAAUUGGGUGAGAUAUGGUCUGAACAGUUAGUGGAAGAUAAACAACCAUAUGAACAGAAAGCAGCUAAGCUAAAGGAGAAAUAUGAAAAGGAUAUUGCUGCAUUAUCACGCCAAGGGCAAAAGUGAAGCGGGAAAGAAGGGUCCUGGCAGGCCAACAGG